CACCCCCCCCCCCCCGGCGGAACUGUACUUCGCAGACUCCCACCCCAUCCCCCCAUCUCCUGCCUGUUGCUAGGCAGACUUCGCACCUGGCCGAUCCCUGUGGGGCAGGCCUUUGGGGGGGGGGCUACAAUUGCUCCUCACUGAGCACUAGAAAGGGGGCAAGCUGCACUAGGGCCGAGUUUACCCCCUCCCCCCGCCCUAUUUUGGGGUGUUAGUGGGAUGGGCUGAAUUUACGCCUCCCCCCUGCUUGGUGUUAUUGUUUUUUGGAGGUGCUGACCCCUCUCCCCCCUCCAUUUUUUGUGGGCGGUGGGCUCCAUUAUCAUCGGGGCUGGGCCCCUUCCCACUCUUACUUGACAGCAUCAUUGGAUGGGUAGUGCCUUCUCUGGGGACAUUAUUGGGGGCCCUAGCCUCCAUUCUGAGGGGGCCGGUGUUGGGAGAUUACACCCUGUUUUGGAGGUGGUGUUUCUGGCGUGUUAUUCCCUCUCUUUUUGGAGGGGACCAUACUGGGGGUGGGGCGGUACACUCCUCUGUGGGGGAUCGCCAGGUGGGGAUGUGAUGCCCCCUCUUUGGAAGCAAUAUUAUUGACUGGAGUAGGGGUUGUACUCUCUAUCUUGGGUUGGAUGUCUCAUUUUUUUUUACAGGGUGCUUGUUCAUUGCUCUCUUGGCGCUGUUGUUACAGGGGAGUACUACAUUUACUUUUUUUUUUUUUUUUCUUUUGAGGGAGUGGUAUAACGAUAGCAUUUGCUGGAAGCUCACUUAGUUGUUGAAGGAUUUAUUAGUGAUUGAUUCAGUUUCUAGUUUGAAGUCAUGUCAGGAUCAACUCCAAAACAGAUCUCCAGUCCGCAGACAGUUGCUCGUGUUUCGGAUCCUGCUCCUGCUGGACCUGAAGGCCCAACUGACAGCUCCUUUGGUGAGCAAAACCUUAGCUUCACCACCACAGACCUCAACCUGGUGGAAAUGACGGAAAUAGAGUACACCCAGCUUCAGCACAUUCUCUAUUCACACAUGGAGGCACAAGCAAACGAAGGCGAAAUGGAGGCUAGGCUCAAUUCUGCUUUCUUCUCAGCUAGUAAUCCUGCAGAUCAACCUCAACAGCAGUCCUCAGUGAACACCAAUCAAACUGGCUAUUCAUCGUACUCUGGGAACCAGUCAGUUUACCCAGUUAUCUGUCAGGCAGGUCUGUCUUCUGACAGCAAUUUAAUGGGUUCAAACCAAUGUCUGGGGCACAUUGACUUUCAAGAGCUCAGAAUGAUGCUGCUUAGUGAAUCUAAUCUCACUUCUAAUGAAGUAGAUAAAACACCUAAUAGUAACUCUGUAGAAGUCACAGGGCACAGUUUAGUAAGAGUUAAACAUGGUGAAAAUUUUGGUGGGACAAAUAAAGAAACUGUACUUGUUGAAAAUUCAGCACCAGCUCCUGAGCCUAGAUCUAAAUCUGCAGUUCGUGUUCGUUUGGAAGACAGAUUCAACAGCAUCCAGACAGAAAAUCCCCGAUGUCAAGAGCCCCAAGAAUCUGAAGUGACUCUUAACAAUUUAGUAACACUAAUUCGUCAACCAGCAGAACUAAUGGGUAUGCCUCUUCACCAGCAGCAGAAUAAAUGUACUACAUUAGUGAAAAAUAAGACUGCUGCUGCAGCUACUGCUUUACAGUUCACAUAUCCGUUAUUUACUAUGAAUGCCUGUUCUACUUCUGGAAGUGCUAACCCUUCACAAACACAGAACUCUGGCACAUCAUGUACUAUCCUGGAAACUGCCAAACAUCAAGACCUUGGAUUACCUAGAGCAUUCUCUUUCUGUUAUCAUCAGGAAAUUGAAUCCACUAAACAAACAGUAGGCACUAGGAAUAAAGCUUUACCUGAACAAGUUUGGAUUAAAGUAGGAGAAGAAGCUUUAUGUAAACAAGCAAUAAACAAAAGAAGUCGCGGCAAAAUACGCCAGUUGGAUGCAAAUGUAGACCGCAAACCUCUUGGUGAAAUUCAAAAUAUAUGUGAUAGCCAAAAUACUGCAUCUGCACAAGGUACUUGGCAGUCAACACAGGUAAAUUCAAGUAUGCAGGCACAGAGUGGAACUCAGGGAGGAAUCUCUCAGCGCAGGGAGAGGCAUAACCGCAUGGAAAGAGACAGAAGGCGCAGAAUCCGGAUUUGUUGUGAUGAAUUGAAUCUUCUGGUUCCAUUCUGCACUGCUGAUACUGAUAAGGCAACAACAUUACAGUGGACAACAGCAUUUUUGAAAUAUAUUCAGGAAAGGCACGGGGAUUCCCUGAAAAAGGAAUUUGAGACUGUGUUCUGUGGUAAAACAGGCAGGAGACUAAAACUAACAAGAGCUGACUCAUUAGUAACAUGUCCAAUGCAGGAAAACAUACAGAAUAGCACACCAAUGGAGAUCAAGUAAUUUGAACUAAAUACCCAGCGUUUUAUGGAAAGUAUUGAUACCUAAUGAUGCUCCAUAGCAAUUAUUUUAUGUCCACAUACUGGACUUCUUCUCCUGUGACUAUUUUGAAAUUGAAGGAUCCGAGAGUGACUUGCAAAAUAUAAUUUGUAAAAAUACAUAAAUAGAACCGUAAAGAAAACAUUCUUUAUUCAAAAUGGAAAGAUAAAUGAAUUACCAACAAUAUUAAUUGAUCAGUGUCCUCUUAGAGAGCUUUGGCAACAAGAAAAUGUCAUGUCAGCCACUAAAUAUCCCCCCCCCCCAUAGCUACCAAAUCCAUUUUAACUUGAUAUAAUAUAGUUAGAAAUUGUUAUAGACUGUCAACCUGUCCUAUUGUAUUUAGUCAGUCAUGAACGUACAUUCCUAUUAAAUGUAAAAUAAAUAAAUAAAGAUGCCAUUAUAUUGCCCAUUUCGCAAUUGGAACAGUGAGAAAAUUAAAUUGGUUAGUGCUUGUAUAAUAAGUAUACAUCUUACAAACAAUAUUAUAUGCAUUGGAAUUCAGAUUUGAAGUUCAUAUUGAACCGUACAUCCCCAUAGGACUAAAGAAUCAUACAAUGCUGUUGGCAUUGCUUUUAAAAUACAGUAGUAUUUUAAAUACUUUUUGCACAAAUGUCCAACAAUUUUCCUGUAUUGUUGCUUUAGUCCAAAAGUGGUAUAUUGUAAACAGUGAAUUAU